AUGUAUAGACAGAUCGUCGUACAUCCUGAUGACAGACCUCUCCAACAAAUAGUUUGGAGAAAUGAUCCAUCAGAGCCCAUGAAAGCGUACCAGUUAAACACCGUUACGUAUGGCACAGCCAGCGCACCCUAUCUCGCCACCAGAUGUCUUAAGCAGAUUGGUAUGGAUUGCAAGGACGAUAAAAUCUCCGAAAUAAUAAUCCAUGACUUCUACGUCGAUGACCUAUUAACUGGAGGGGACAGCAUUCAAGAUGCGCUGGACAUACAUAACAAGGUGUCUUCUGAACUGGCCACAGCUGGUAUGAACCUCCGUAAGUGGAAAUCAAAUGAACCUCGAGUAAUACUAAAUAAUAACAAUUCAUCUCUCGACUUAAAUAUUGGUUCUACGGAACCCUGUAAAACAUUAGGUCUCAGCUGGCAAAUCGAGUCUGAUGAACUGUAUUUUUCGACGAGUGAAAUCGUUUUAAAUAAUUUUACAAAACGUGGAUUACUCUCGGUUAUUUCACAAAUCUUUGAUCCACUGGGUCUUCUGACCCCAUGCAUAAUUUCUAUGAAAAUUUUAAUGCAAAAAUUAUGGUUACUUAAACUUACAUGGGACGAACAGUUGCCUUCGGAAAUAAUUAAAUUAUGGCUUUCAAUUGUAGAAAACUUAUCAUUUUUAAACAAUUUAAGAAUUCCACGCAGUGUUAUCUGCAAUCAAUAUAUUAAUGUAGACUUACAUAUUUUUAGUGACGCAUCUCAAGUGGCUUACGGAGCAUGUCUGUAUGUCCGUAGUUCUAAUAAUAAAAAUAAUGUGAUGGUGCGUUUACUUUCAGCCAAAAGUCGCGUAGCUCCCAUAAUGCCGACUACAAUACCACGGCUUGAGCUCUGCGCUGCACUUGUCGGUGUCCGUCUCUAUGAGAAGGUGAUAAGUUCGCUUCGAAUCCAAGUAAGAUCAGUAAUUUUUUGGUCAGAUUCGACAAUCGUUUUAGGUUGGUUAAAAAUGCUACCUAACAAAUUACAACCUUUUGUUCGUAAUCGAGUUGCCGAAAUUUUGGAAAAAACAGGUUCAUUUACUUGGCGACAUGUUCCCACUGAUCUCAAUCCGGCAGACUAUGUUUCCCGCGGUACGAACAUAAAUCAAAUUCAUAAUCUUGACUUAUGGUGGUCUGGUCCACAGUUUUUAAAGGGUGACAUGUCUAGUUGGCCUGCUAACCCUAUUGUAAGUGAUAAGCUACCAGAAACUCGCUCAGAGAUUUCUUUAGUUGUUACCGAUCAGAAAAUACCUUUAGGUAAUUGA